AUGCCCGCUUUCACUCUGUACGGCGCCCGCGGCUCGACUAACACCGAUCGAGUCCGCCUUACUCUCGCCGAAGGCGGCAUCACCGACUACAAACUCGUGCUCCUCAGCCUGCAAAAAGGGGAACAGAAGUCCGAAGAGAACAUGAAGCGCCACCCAUGGGGCAAGAUCCCCGCCAUCACCAUCCCCGGCGGCUUCACUCUCUACGAGAGCCGCGCUAUCUGCAAGUACCUCGCGCGGAAGUACGCCCUGCCCCUUCUGCCCGCCGCCGACUCCUCCGACGCCGAGGCCGCGGCGCUGUUCGACCAGGCCGAGUGCACCGAGAUGCUGUACUUCGCCGAGCCAGCCGGCAGGAUCGCCUUCGAGAAGUUCGCCAAGAAGUUCAUGGGGCUGCCCGCCGAUGAGGCCGUGGUCUCGGCGGCACUGCGGUCGGUUGAGGCGUGUUUCGACGUGGCGGAGCGUCUCUUGCAGGAGAAUGACUACACGGCUGGGAAUGACUUCACCCUCGUGGAUAUUUAUUACAUCCCGCUGAUCCAGAGACUCUUCGCUUCCGGGUACGGGGACGUAGUCCUCAGUCGUGAGGCUGUGCGUGCGUGGUGGGACCGCUGCACGGGCAGGCCGGGCAUACAGAAGAUGCUGGCCGCUGACAGGGAGGCUAUGGCUGCUGCUGGUGCUGGUGCUGGUCAAUAG